AGGUGCCUCUCUGGGCCCGCCAGGAGGUCACCUACCGGCUGACGGAGCCAGCCCGUCAGCGCCUUUUCCGCGCGAGGCGAUGGGGGUCGAGUCCCCCCAAGGAGCAGGUGCCCCGGCCGGACGAAGAAGAAAUUUAGAGGCAAUUUGGAGUCGAGAUUAAGCAUUGAGAUGUUUUACCAUUGGGAAACAGUGAGGAGGUUAUGUUUCAAGAAACUACCAUUGCAGCUUGUUAUCCAGGCGAGAGGUUUAACAGGGGCUGAUGCUGUCAAUGCUUUGCGACCAUUUUACUUUGCAGUGCAUCCAGAUUUCUUUGGCCAGCAUCCUAGAGAAAGGGAAAUCAAUGAAAACUCUUUGAAGAGAUUAAAUGGCUAUUUGGAGAAUCUCCAAAAACCAGGUUUCAGGUCUUUUAAACCAACUCGGCUCACUUUUUAUGUCCGGGAGAGAGAACAAAACCCUUCCGAUGUACAGGAAUCAUUUGGGACUUCAGGAUUUCGAGCAGUCAGUUUCACUUUGCAUACCAGGGACCUACUAAGCACAGUAUUAGACAUCUUGAAGUCCUGUAGUUUAUCUACUGAGCAUGUCCAAAGCUUGAAUGGCAGUGCGGAUGCUCGGUCUAACCAGGGAGCACAAAGAACAUUCAGCAGGCCUAUAAAAUGGGACAAGACAUAUUACUCUUUUACUGGAUUUAAGGAUCCCGAGGAAGAACUGGAGCAGGCCCAGAGAAUGGAAACUACUCUCAGUUCCUGGUUGGAUAGUAACGAGAAGAGUGCAGUAAAGAAGCUGAAGGAUAGCUUACCGCUCAGGGAAGAACUAGACCGUUUGAAAGAUGAACUCUCUGAUCAGCUACAGCUCUCUGAUAUUAGAUGGCAGAGAAGCUGGGGUAUUGCGCAUCGGUGUAGCCAGCUACACAGUCUAAGUCGGUUAGCUCAACAGAGCCCAGAGGCACCAAGGAAUGCAAAAGGAUGCACAGUGAUAUUUACAGACCGUUCAGGCAUGAGUGCAACAGGCCAUGUUAUGCUAGGAACUAUGGAUGUUCAUCACCACUGGACCAAAAUUUUUGAAAGAUUGCCAAGUUACUCCACACUUCAAAGAAAAGUGCUGCUGUUGGAGGAACGUAUAAGCCAUCUUUUGGGAGGCAUACAAAUAACUUACAUUGAAGAGCUGCAGCCAAUGUUGAUGCUUGAAGAGUAUUACACUGUUCUUGAUGGCUUUUAUAACCGAAUGCGUAACAGCAGGCUUCCAUUUCACCCUCGCAGUCUGCGUGGAUUGCAAAUGAUUCUAGAAAGUGACAGGUAUGCACCAAGUCUGCAUGAACUAGGACACUUCAUCAUCCCAACAGUCUGUGAUCCCGUAGCCCUCCAGUGGUUUAUCAUCACGAAAGCACAACAAGCAAGAGAGAAACUGAAAAAAAAGGAAGACUUAAUGGUGCUAGAACAGGAGCUGAUCAAGGCUGCUGCUGAGAAAUUUGGUCUCCAGCGACUCUAUAAGGAGCCGAGCGUCUCCAGCGCGCAGAUGAUCCAUUCGUGCAAUAGGCUGCUGGAAGAGUCGCUGCCUUACCUGCAGGGCAUGCACCUCUGCAUUUCUCACUUCUAUUCCGUGCUGCAAGACGGUGAUCUCUGCAUCCCAUGGAAUUGGAAGAGCUGAGGGCACUCCUAACAAAUUCACACGUACCUUGUGUGAGGGAACAUGGAACGCAGCGUAAGAACGUCAGAGCACAUGUUAUUGAGGGGUUCCUUUUCAUGCCAGUAUUACCAGUAAGCCAAGGCAUCUUCUUGGUUUUUAACUGCUGUUCAGAAAGUGGCGAACAGCUCUCCAAGACGAUUUGCUUUUAAAGGAUAUUGCACAGCCUGCACAAAAAGGUGAAUCAAAGUCGGGGAUGACUCAGCUUCAGGUUCUGUUGGGGAACGAUUUACACAAAACUUGAAUGAAAUUGGAAGAGCACAAAAGAACGUGUGGGUUUUAUGUAUAAAAUACCAUGAAUUAUAAAUGUACCCAUAAUAAACAUGAGCAGUAUGGAUUUUAAUAUUUCAGAAAUUGUGUUUAGAAAAGCAUUCUUCAAAUGGAAGGAUGGUGAUCAAAAAUAAUCUGUGGUGCAAAUCUCCCUCUCCAAGAAAGAUGGACUGUAAAAGCUGGAGCGCUAAUAUUCCUGAGGCCACACAUUAUGUUGCCAAUGUUCUGGUUAUGUAUUCAUACAGAAAAGAGUAUUUAUUUUGUAGAAGUACUGUACAGCUUGUCUGAGAAGAUUUUAUAAAUGUCUAUUAAAAACCGUUAUCAAUUAGA